GAUAAGGUUGGGCUUGACCAAAGGUAACUGCCUUAAUGUGUUUUCGGUCCAAUCGGCAGAUUCCGCUGCGCGCGUGGACCGGUUCCCAAAUCCUCAGUACUCUGAUCACCCAGAACUAAACGCACCGUCUUUCCCACGCAGCAUCCGACCUAUCCUGUAUACCCCUAGACCAUACCGAGCACAGAGAUGGGCCAACGCGGCCGCCCGCGCGGGUCCAAGAACGGCCCGAACGCCAAAAAGACCGGCCCCAAGCCCAAGAAACGCAGCGACGACCCUAACGACGACGGGACUGGGGACAUGUCCGCAACAUCACACAACGGCGAGGGAGCCAGUGACACGGGUGCGCUGUCGUCGUUGUUACCGCCAGCGAAGAGAUUCAGGACGGGGCUUGGGGAUGAUGGGGAUGCUCACACACACCCGUCUUUUGCGGCCCUCGUGGGCGGGCUCCAUGGGGACGCGCUUGCGGCGCUCACGGCAUCAUUGAAGGCAAAAGCGGAGGCUGGGUUGAAACCUGAUGCGGCAGCGUUGGUGUCGAGUUUGCUGCUGCGACAACAACGGGCGGGAUCGGGGAUGGUGGGUUUCGGUGGGUUGGGCGGUAUAGGGGUAGCGGGGAGCCCGAGUACGACAGGAGCUGCUGGCCCAACGACGUCAGACUUCGUGGACCAGCUGUUUGACCGUGUAGCUCGCAAGCGGGCAGCUGAAGCCAACAAUCCUGAUCCUAUCCGGUUCUACGAACUGUCCGUGGACCCUGGCAAGAGCCUGGCCGUGUUUUCGCCCAACACUUGGAAAACGCGGAUGGGAAUGCUGCAUAAAGGCGUUACGUUCGAGACCGUCCCAUUGUCCGUCCUCGGCUUCCGCACCGACCUCGCAAAGGAAUCAGGGCUCUCCAAAAUCACCGCCCCGGCCAUCCGACUCCCCAACUCCCACACUUCCGGGAACGCCGUCGCAAACGACGCCAGCAACCCAGCAGCACGCACCACCUUCCUCUACGACUCCUUCCGCAUCGCCGAAUGGCUCGACACCGCCUACCCGGACGCACCAUCUCUCUUCACCGGCGACGGGAAGCCCACCCGCGGCGCCCACCAACCGCACAUCACCACCGGCAAAGCCUUUGCGCGCCUAAUCGACCUCGGCCUCGGCGCCUCAGACCCGCAAUGGGCCGUCUGGUUCGACCUCUUCUUCCCCGAACUCUACGCCCUGCACUCCGCCUCCUCCGUGCCGGGCCUCCUCGACUACUUUGCCUCCGACGCCCGCCUCGGUCUCAACGGCGCGCACCGGCUGCUCUCCCUCGACCGCGCCGAACUCACCGCGCGCGCCAAACUCACCGUCCUACCACUCAUCCAAAUCCUCAAAGAACGUCCCGGGGAAUACAUCCAGGGUAAAUGGCCCGGCCAGGCCGACUACGUCGUGUUCGGCCGCUACGCAUUCUGCCGCACCCUUAACAAACAGCUGUGCAGGGAGAUCUGGGAAGACCAGGCCCCCGAGCUGGAAGCGUGGGUCGAGCGGCUGUGCAAGGCGUAUGGAGGGCACGCGCAGAAGGUGUUUGAGGCGUAUGAGAUGCAGGUGGAGCAGCAGCGCGUGGAGGUGGAACAGCAGCAGCAGGGGUUGUUUGAUCAUCAUCAUCAGCAUCACCCGCAUCAUCAGUUGGGGAGUGAGGAGGUGGGACAGGAUCAUGAGCAACAUCAUCAACAUCCGCCAGCUGCGGUUGCUGGGAUCGGGUCGUGAGAUGACGGUUGCGGUAGCGGUGAUACGUUAUGAGACUGGGAUCUGGCGGUGGGGAGUAGAACGGGAUGGUAGGGAUGGGGCGCCAAGGGGGGCGCAAAAGGGGAAGGGUUUCCAGAUGAAUGUAAAUGUUGUGAAAGGAACGGAAACCAAUAUGAGCUCUCUGCGAAAAUAUCAUAUGAGAUAUGGUAGGGACAUGUUCCAGGUAGCAACUUGGGAUGGCGAGUUACGAAUCGAAUCAAGGUACUUCUUUAUGAAAAUCCCCUACAAACGUUCUCAGUGCCGAUACCGCGUGGGAAGUGCAGCAAAUCGUCACGGUGGCAGUAUGGCUCACGUGGUAUUUGUACAGUAUUUUAUGAUGCUAU